AUGACUGCCAAAGCUUCUUGCAUCCGCAGGGCCCAGCCUCUUACUGUCGUUAUCAAACUAGGCACCAGUUCCAUUGUGGACGAAAAGACUCAUGAACCUCUUUUGCCUAUCCUCACCUUGAUUGUCGAUACCGCUGUCAAGCUGCGCAAGGAGGGCCACCGAGUCGUCAUUGUCUCUUCCGGCGCCAUUGGUGUUGGCUUGAGACGCAUGGACGUUGCUCGCCGUCCCAAGCAUCUUGCUCAACUUCAGGCCUUGGCUGCUAUUGGACAGUGCCGUCUUAUUUCUCUUUGGGACAGUCUGUUCAGUCACUUGGAUCAGCCUGUUGCUCAGAUCCUCCUUACCCGAAAUGACAUUGCCGAUAUCCACGCUAAUCACUACCCCUCCGUCUUGCAGCGCACCCGCUACCUCAACGCCCAAAACACAUUCAACGAGUUGCUCGACAUUGGUGUCAUUCCCAUCGUCAACGAAAAUGACACCCUUGCAGUAUCUGAAAUCAAGUUUGGUGACAAUGACACUCUGUCCGCCAUCACCGCGGCCAUGAUCCACGCCGAUUUGCUUUUCCUCAUGACCGAUGUCGACUGUCUCUAUGACAAGAACCCGCGCACCAACCCCGACGCCCGCGCGAUCGAGGUUGUCGACGACAUUGGCGCCCUCGAGGCCGAUGUUUCGAGUGCUGGCUCCUCCCUCGGCACUGGCGGCAUGAUGACCAAGAUCAUUGCUGCCAAGCUGGGUACUUCAGCUGGCGUUACGACCAUCAUCACCCGGUCGUCAAAUCCUGGCAAUAUCCUGGGCAUUGUCAACUAUCUCUACAGUUCCCCCAGAUCAUCGAUGAUCGAAGAUCCUGAGCACGCGACCCCUCCCCUCUCACGCACCGCCUCCCUCAGCCUCCUUUCCACGGGCGCCGACCUCAGCGGCCCUCCUCUUCACACCCGUUUCCUGCCUUCUAGCGAUCCUAUCCGUGAUCGCCACUUCUGGCUCCUCCACACCCCCAGCCCCCACGGCACCGUCUACAUUGAUGCUGGCGCCCACAAGGCGCUGCUCGGCAAGGCUGGUCUCUUGCCUGUCGGUGUCGUCGACGUCGAGGGCAACUUUGCCUCGCACGAGCCUGUCCGCAUCGUGGUCGUGAACCGUCGCAAGACGCCCGGGCCCGACGGCAAGAUGUGGGAUGGCGUCCCCGAGGAGAUUGGCCGCGCUCUUGUCAAUUACGCCUCGACGGAAAUCUUCCGCAUCAUGGGACACCAGAGUGUCGAGAUCGGCGAGCUGCUUGGCUAUGCCGACAGCGAGUACGUUGCGCAUAGAUCGCAUAUUGCCUUUGUCCGCAAUAAUAGUCGACCAGUGUCCCCCACCCUGAGCAUGGCCCAGAUUUCAUGA